UCCUCUUCAUCUUCUCUCAAGCUCCUCAAGUUCUCAGAACUCUCCUCCUCUAAUAACUCCCCCAAGAUCUAAACUCUUCCAAGCUCCUUUAAAUCCCCUCUUCAAUUCUUUGAGUUCGACCAGACCUCAACUCAGAGAGCUAGGGUUUCGAUUACCUUCAAAUCCCAAGUUCAGAGACAUUAUCGUGGUGAUUCUUCCUUGCUUAGCUUGUUCUACUUUGAUUUAGGAAAUUGAGGUUUCUUCUUCACGCUCUUAAAUCUUCUGAAUAUCAUCCUUCUUCUUUACCUCAGAUUAGCUAUGUUGACGAGGAGAUCACGCAUCCCGAGGGGUUGCUCAGCUAUUGAGUCACCCGAGAGGGAGCCUUUGUCUUUCGUAGAAAAAUUACAAGAAGCGAGCAUAGGUGCUGGGAUCGCGGAGCCUGCUGCCACUAUCGGAGAUGAUGAAGAAACCUUUCAAGAUGCAGCCCUUGAAACGUUGGUCACACCUGCAUCUGAUCCAAGACAAGACCCUUUAGGAUCCGAUGACAGGCUACUUGACGACAUGUUGUUAGAACAAACCCGUCGCGAAGUCAUCGAACCAACUCACAAGGCCACUGAACCAACUAUCGAAGUUGUUUCCUCUACAAGAACCAUCAUCGAAGCUCAGUCGUCAUUUCCCCAACCUCAGCCCAACAUUCCUUUGAGCUUGACGACCGUAGCGGCCACUAUAACUGCGGGGAUCAGUCCGGUUGAACAAGUCACGAGACCAACUGAAGAAGUUGGUACAUCAAUGACUAUUACUCCCGUAAUAACUCCAACGAUUCAUGAAGCCAGGCAAGCAGGACCGAGUGCGGAGUGUCGAAUUGAAGAAACCUCAGUCGACAUUGGGCUUUCAAGCUUUAUGAUCUUGUCAAGGCGCUGCUAUCCAAUAAUGACCCAGAUAAAAUCCUGCUCCACAUGGAAGUUUGUUCUUUCUUCUCAUUCGUGAACGAGAUAGUUGACAAUCUUCUCCACAGCGGGCUUUCUAUUGAUCUCUUCGAGUCAUAUCUUGAUCAUCAAGUGACAUUCCUGAGGAGUCAAGGAUAUUUAGAUCUGGCAGAUGCUAUUACUGUAGACUUGGAUCAUCUCGAGCGUGAGCUUGAAAAGAUGAAUGAAUUCCAAACUGUUGGUGUCUCUUCAUACGUGGCUGCUUAGAUGGAAGCCAGGUUGCAAGCAUGGCGCGAAGCUCAAGCAUUUGAUGAUUCCAAGAUUCGGGAAGAAGUGGGUCUUGUUCAUCAAAUAGAAGCAACUUUUACUGAUAAAUCAACUGCCCUUCGCAACAUCGAUUCUUCUCUUGCGUCAAGCAAAGCCACAAUAGUGCAACUUGACUUGGAGCUUAAAGCAACGAAGGAUGCUCAAGCUGCUUUGAAGAUGACGAAGGUCCACGCAGAGCACGCUCGAGAAGUAAUGUCCAGGCAAUUGGCACUCUCCAAAGAGAAGGUGGUCAUUAUGAAAGCAGAAGCCGCGAAAGUAUUGGCUGGUGAUGAAGAGUCAAUGAAGGUCACGCUUCAGAGCGAGCUCGAACAAGCCUAUGCGGAGGAGUUGUUUAAAUUAGAACAGUAGGUCCGUAGUCAUAAGCUCAAUGUAGACUGAUUGCUUCAUUCUUGUAUCUACAAACUCAAUUCUUAUUAAUAGAAGAUAUUUUCUUUUUUUAUUAUAUCUCUUUUAUUAUAAUUUCUUAUUCUAUUUUGGAUAAUCAACCAUAAUAUUUAUAGAAUUUUUGGGAAACUCUCAGUUAUCAACACAUUUGAUGUACUUUUACCGAUUACCGUUUGAAUUAGGCUAGCAUGUGAAUUAUAUAAGUCCGCUUCACACAUAACAUUAUGCUAAAAGAAUAAAUUCUUUUAGACUUAGCAAUUUUUGCGGGAAUAUACUACCUGGCAAUGCGUAU